AUGGGUAAGCGCAAGAAGAGUUCGCGCAAGCCUCAAGGCCCGAAGAAGAACGAACCAUUGCCAACGACAUUCACAUGCUUGUUCUGCAACCACGAGAAGUCGGUCGCAGUCAAGCUGGACAAGAAGGCUGGCGUAGGCGAGCUCGAGUGCAAGGUCUGCGGCCAAAAGUUCCAGUGUGGCAUCAAUUAUCUUUCCGCGGCCGUCGAUGUGUACGGAGAAUGGGUAGAUGCAGCAGAGGCCGUUGCCAAAGAUGACGAGCCACGAGCAUCGGCGAGAAGCUCGGGUCGUAUGCUUGAACGGGCGGGCGAGGGAGACAGGAGAGGCGGCGAUGAUGAAGAUGACAGGCGUUACGAGGGCGAUGGCAUUGUUGGCGAUGACGAGUUCGACUGA